UUAUUUGGCUCCCACAUUUCCUCCAAAUGUCGAAGGGAAAAAUGCCCUUCUCCGCUUCCACUUUGAGAUGAGCACUGCACCGCCGCUGGGCCCUGCUAAUAAAAGCUCAAAGCGUAAAUGGCUUGGGGAUUAUUGGCUUUCGCCCUUGGACUGAGACAUGAGAUCACGAUUUUUCAGCUUGCGAAGGAACCGCCUCUGCCAGGCUGCCGAGGCCGCCGCUUCCCCUCCCUGCGCGGGUCCUGCAUUCUACAUUACAUCACGGUGAGCUCUUGCUGGUAGGGGGGAGAGGAGACUUCUCCUGGGACAUAGCCCUAAACAGGGAAGGAUAAAACGGAUAAUAAGGAGGGGUGGGAGAAGUAAUGUCGAGGGAGUGGAAAGAGGAAAAAGCGGGUCCUAGUAGCACACCAUCUUUAGAGGCUGUGUGUACAGGCAAACAGAACAGCCUUAAGUAACUACAACCCCCCCCCCAAAUGCGUUCCUGCAACACCUCCCAGCCCACCUGAACCCCAAUUUUAAGUCCAACAUACAAAUAGCUGUCAGGAGACCUGGGUCUAGAGGAUUAGGGGUAUAUCUAAGUCAGGGGCCCCUGGACCUGGAAGGAUUAGAGCAUCCGCACUGGGUGGGGUGAGGUGGGGUGGGUGGACCGGAGGGCCGGGCGGGGGCGCAGCAGCCAGCGGUUACUUCCCCCUCCAGGAGACAGCAGUCAGAGGGGGGAGGCAGAAGCGCCUCCUCCCCGCCCUGAGCCGGGGAGGCAACACAGGGGGAGGAAGGUGCCUCACCUAGCCCCCCAUGAGGGGCGUAUCAUGCCAUGGCAGCUCCUGCAAACGACAGCGGCCGCAACACCCAGAGCAGGAGCAGCAGCCCCCUAGGCCGAGAGGGAGUUGGAGGUAUUGCGGCGGGAGGUCGCGACGACGGGGACAAGGGGGUCCGAGACACCGCGGCGACCGCCCCCAGCCUACCUCCGCUUGAAGACUACGAGUGCAAAAUCUGCUACAACUACUUCGACGCGGACCGGCGCGCCCCCAAGCUGCUGGCAUGCCUGCACACCUUCUGCCAGGAGUGCUUGAGCCAGCUGCAGCUCCGCGCCGCCGCCUCCUCCGGCGCGGCCCCUGAGCGCGCGCCGCGCCCGCCACCCUGGCAUGGUCCUCCCGGAGCCAUCGCGUGCCCCGUGUGCCGUCACCGCACGCCGCUGCCGGACAGCCGCGUGCACGGCCUGCCCAACAACACCAAGCUCUCCGAGGCCUUCCCGCUGGCCCUAAGAGCCGCACAGGAUCCGCUGCCCCAGGACCACCUCCCGCCACUGGACCACCGCCGGCCCGCGCCCACCACCGCCUCGCUGCCAGCCCUCGCCCCGCAGCCACCUCAACCGGCGCCACCGCCCCCCGAGGACGCCGCCCCCGGACCUCGGGGCCGCCUAGGUCUCCGCGCCCCGGGAGCCUACGAGAGCUGUCAGAACUGCAAGCGCGCGGCGCUCACCGCCGGCUGUGUAUGCGUAGUCUUUUCGUUCCUCUCCAUGGUAGUGCUGCUGUUCACCGGUCUUAUCUUCGUUAACCACUACGGUGGCGGCGGCGGCAGCGGCGGGGGUGGGGGGACGCCGGGCACCGGUUCGUCCCCCGGCCCCGCCCCAGCUACCGGAUCGCCCUCUCCCUCGCCAGUGGGACCAAUCUGCUUGUCGGUGGCCAGCAUCCUAGCGCUCUUUUCGGUGGUUGUCACCUGGAUUAUCUGCUGGCUCAAGUACCGGCCCGAGGGGGCGGCAGCGGGCUCCGCAGGCAGCGGCGGGAGUGGCUCGAGGGCGCGAGUCCCUGCCGCUCCAAGUAGUUCCAGGAGGAGCGACACGUAACGGGACCGCACACCCCGCUCCCGGUGCAUCUCCUACCCUGCGCGCCCUUAGGGCCUUGGACUCAGAGCGCUGGGGUUUCUCCCCGCUUUGUCAGUGACCACGGACCCCUGAGUCAAUGCGGAGCCUCAGUUUCCCGCCUCUUGGUCUUUCUGUUCCCUACUUCCUUUACCUUGGGCGAGAGAGGAAAACAGAAGAGAAAGGGAUGUUAGGGUGUGGGGGGAGGAACCCCUUUUGUCCAGACCUCUGCUUUAUGCGCUGCAUCCACCCUGACCAGAGUAUGUGACUGUCCUUUCCCCAAAAGUCUGAGGUUGUGCUGAAAGUGGAUUCCUGGCGCCUGGGACUUGGACGUUCAUUUAGGGAUGCGGCAUGCGCAUGCUCGUCCGCAACACUGUGCAUGGACUCUAAUUGUUUAAAGGAAAAAUUAGCAAGAUGUAACGCAAAUGAUCUUCCUGAUUCUCAGAGAUCCCGGAAGGGCAGAGACUAGUUAACAG